AUGGUUUGGUCAAGAGUCGUACUCGCUCCAUCACCGAGUGCAUCGUUUCUCUUUGCUAGAACGCACUUGUUUCGUACUUUACUGAAGCCAACUGCACUGCUGAUAUUCAUCCGUAGUCCAGACCGCUGGCUGUCAAAUUUCAUUGGUUUUGCUCCUACUUCUAAUCUGUUAAUUCCCUCAACCAGCUCAUCUGCUACAAAUGGCCUAUCAAGUCCAAAAAAUAUAUCUCAAGGUACUUUAACCAAAACACCUGCCCCAUUUGGAAACAAGUCAAUGAAACCUCUUUUUCAAAAGGUUCAACUUAAAUCCUUUCCUGCUUUACGUUUAAAGAAACCGACAGACGAUAGUUUGAAGACUGCCGUGAAAGACUUGUCGACUAUCAAGAUAUCUACUGAAAGUUUAAAAAAAUCCAAAAUACAGCCUAAAUCGUCUGCUUCCAAAAAUCUUACUAGUGACUUGAUCGGCGAAUCUUGUGCUAUCUCGAAUAAACAGGCAAUCGCAUGUGAUGAAGCAAAUUCAACCACAGCUCAUAAAUUCAUAGAUCCGUCAAAAUAUAGCAACAUUGAGCUAAUGAAAAUGUGCAAGGAAAUGGGGCUUAAACAAAACGGACGCAAGAAGGAUAUUGUUACCAGACUCAAUGAUUUCAUCAGUCUUCAAACUACACCCCUUUCAAACGCAUCAAAUCAAAAUCAAUUGGCUACUCAACACAUUGUGUCUGCACUUACCAAUCUACAGUCGAACUGUGUUGAUUUGAGCCGAUACACAAAUGAUCAGCUCAAAAAGCUAUUUUGUCAUAUUUAUUUUGGACAUGCUCAAACUAGAAAUUCGAUAGUUGGACUAAUCCAUAAAUCAAGAAUGCACGCAGUAUCUACUCUUAAAAGGGCUGAAUCUAAUGCCAGAGCUACUAGGACUUUCACAGAAUCCAUGCCUGUGUGUGAUACCAACAUCAACCUACACCGAUACUCCAAAAUUCAACUUGAACAAAUAUUCAAUCAUAUAGAUUUCAGUUGCGCAAAGCUUAAAACUGAUGUUUUGGCAAAGAUUUCUGGUUCAGAAAUGACAUUUGACGCAAAGAAACAAGUAUCUAAAUCUGUGGAUCUAGCAUUAAACCCAACAAAUGACUUUAUCCAUACUGAGCUAUCCGUCGCUGACUUGAGCAAAAAGACAAAACAUCAAAAUACUUUUAAUAAUAGUAACAUUCGUUUACUCAAAAAAAUCAGAUUUCAAAGCAUAGAUGAACCACUAUGUAAUUUUGUAGAAAAUGCAAAAAACAAAACCAUUCCUUCAAAUAUCGAUCAGAAUUCCAAAGGUCUUGCCAUAAAUCAAACAAAAAAAUCGGCAUCAAAAAGAGGUUUUAAAAAUGCACCUAUUGAUACCACUAUCAUACAUAAACCUGAAACAAUUAAAGAUGCCCCGACUGAAAAAAAACCAUCCGAUAUCUAUGAUCUAGACCGCAAACAAAUCGAUAAACCCAAGAAAUUCGACCUUUCUUCCACUGGCUCAAAAGAAAGGCUAAUAGAUCGAACCAAAGAUUUAGACUCUGAAAACAAUUCAUUUUCACAGGAUAGCACACUUCACUCAUUAAAAAAUACCCAGCCAAUCACAAAUAACAAUCUUGAACCUGCCGUCGACUUGUCUUCCAAAUCAUUGCUUGAGCUCCAGAAAAUGUGCAAAGAAAGAGGACUAUUUUAUUCAACAACCAAAGCUAAGCUUGUGGAACGUAUAGUAGCGUACGAUUCUGAAAGCGAAGACAAAAAAGCAAUCAUGAGAUCCCGUAAUCUUGGCAUUCGAAAUAGUAUAUCUCCAAAGUCCAUCGAGGCAAAUACUGCAGCAAAGGCGUUUAUUUCUAAAAUUUCAUUUAAUUCUCCACCAAUUGAUUUUGAAGCAUUGAAGUCCAUAGGUAUUGAUAAUCUCAAGAUCAGUAAUCUUGCUCCACUUUGUCGCCAUUUUGGACUUCCGGGUACAGGUCUCAAAUCUGAAAUGAUCAAACGACUCAAUGCACUACAAAAAGGAGAUAUUAAAAUACUACCGUACAAGUCUGUUCUCGCAAUUGAUAUAGGAACAGCUAAUUUAGGAUUUGCACAUGUGAAACUUGAACCCAAAGAAAACUCAAGUUUACUUGCUACUAGCAAAUUAUCUGACGAUGCAUCAAAAAGAAAAAGGGCAUCUAAUCAUCAAAUGAUUCCAACUAUUAAAGAUUGGGGUCAUCUUGAUCCAAACCUUUCUACAAGAUACCAUCCGCAACUUUACGCAAACACACUUCAGCAACUUCUUGAUCAGCGAUUGUUUAAAAAUGAUGUACAGACAGUGCUUGUUGAGCGUCAGACACUUCGUCCAAUUGGCCCUCGAAUGUCUAUUCCACAUGCCAUUUUGCAAACCAAUGCGUUUGAGGGGAUAUUGAUUGGCAUGAUGACUGAGCGCGGUCGUGCACAAAACCUUUCCAUUCACUCCAUUAGUCCCAGUGCUGUGUCUGAUCAUUUUGAGCUUCCUGCUGUUCGAGAUCACUUGAUGAAGACAUCUGCUAAAGCCUCUUGUAACAAGGCAACACCUUUGGCCGAUGAUUCAGAAACUGAAAACACUACCAUGCUAAAAGCACCUUUCAAAAAGUCGAACAUUCAAAAUAUGUACAAGUACAAGAAGCUGGCCUCGAUUAAUGUUGUAAAGUAUCUGCUGGACCGUGGCUUUGUUAUUUGUUCAUCCGAUCUGCGUUACAUGUUUGACCACUCGCCGAAAAAAGAUGAUUUGAGCGAUAGUCUACUAAUGGCUUUGGCUCAUAUUGAUUGGUGCAUGGCUGCUGAAAAGUUUGUGUCGUUUAAAUAAUAGUAAUAGACUGCCACUAUCAUUAUGUUUGAUUUUCCGCCGUAUUCACGUAAAAUGAAACACUUGUAUUUAUGC